AUGCGCUGCAAGGUCAUGCUCAUUUUAUCUUGCUUCAUUGUGUCUAUUGCACCUUUGUCUCUUGCGACACCCUUUUGGGACUGGCAAGCAGACUACAAUGACGGCGUCCAUCUUGCCGUUAGUCCGGAGUGUGGAGAACUUGGCGGAAACUUCACCGAUGUCAAUGCAGGUAUAGACCUGCGCAAGAUCAAGACGAUUGUAUCGUUUGGGGACUCCUACACCGACUCGGGAAAACAUGAUGGCUCCCCUCUCCUUCCUCCAGUCCUCACACCUCCCGAUCCGCAUGCAGGAGGGAGGUAUUCAGAUGGUCCAAUGUGGUUGGAAAAUAUAGCAAACGACAUCAACGCAAAGUACAUGGCCUACGCGUGGUCUGGUGCCGUGGUCAACGGCUCACUAUGGCCGAGCAAGCCUUCAACAACAACAGAUUUCAUUUCUCAAGUGUCCAGAUUCUUGAACCAGUCAAAUGAUCUUGACCCCCAUACGACCCUUUACACUGUCUUUUUUGGCAUCAACGAUUGGGUCGCAUCUCAGACUGACGGCGAUCACCUGCCUGAGGAUGCUCAAUACCUGCUGAACCAAAUUCGGAUCCUCGCCAGUCCUCCCACAAACGCGCGAAACAUCCUCGUAACGGACGUGUACGGACGCGGCGCGCACACUCCCUCGGGCGAAGCAUGGAAACAGUCGAUUUUUGACGGUCUCAGCGCAUUCAACUCUGGGACCAACGGCGCACCCCCACUGAACGUUGCAUUUGGCGAUUUCUCCCGCAUCUGGGACGGUGUAUUGGGUACGGCUCCUGGAUAUGCGGCCUUUGGAUACACAAGCUCGGGCUCCUGCCUGCCUUUCACAAAUACGACAGAGGGAGAGUGCGAUGAUCCCAAACAUACAUUCUAUUGGUUGCACGGGUGCGAACUUUUGCAUGAGGUCCAGGCCUCGAUAUUUAUUGCUGAAUCACUGUUUCUUUUCUCAGGCAUCCGUCAAAUGAAACGGGACGGAUCAUGGCUGAUUAUGUUGAAGAAGUGUUCGAAAAGUGCUUGA